UUCUCCACACAUUACCGCUAGUAAAAGGGCAGCCAGCGCGAAUAAUAAGGCGAAAAGAUGUUCACCAUGUUCACUUUAUCGCAGCAAAUUAUGCUGACACGGUUCCAGUUAAUCCUCGGGAGAUGCCACUUAGUCAGUUGGCCGAAUAAAUAAGCUCCGUGUCGUGUGCGGUUGCACCUCCGGUGCCUUCAGACGGAAGAAGAAAUGACCCAUCUGAGCGUCCGUCGUUGGACACCGAAGCAUGUUGCCAAGUGGCUGAAGGAAGAAGGCUUUUGUGACUAUGUUGACCUGUUGUGUAACAAGCACCGACUGGACGGAACCAGUCUGCUCGCCCUGAGCGAGUACGACCUCCGCUCGCCCCCUCUGGAGCUCAAGGUUCUGGGGGACAUUAAGAGGCUGAUGGUCUCCAUCCGCAAGCUUCAGAAACAGAACCUGGACGUGCUGGAGGAGCUGGGCGUACCGUUCGACGGCCACUCCCCUACGGGCUCUGGAGGCACCUUGGACUGGCUGUGUAACGGAGACCCGGGCAGGGACUGUGACAGUACCGACACAGCGCCGGUGGGAGAGGAGUACCACCAGUACACUAAUGGCAAAUACAAGCAGCAGAUGAGGCGCCUUGAUCCCGAGUACUGGAAGACGGUGCUCAGCUCCGUCUAUGUGGUGUUUGUGUUCGGCUUCACAUCCUUUGUCAUGGUCAUAGUGCACGAACGGGUGCCGGACAUGCGCACAUACCCUCCCCUGCCAGACAUUUUCCUAGACAGUGUGCCUAGAAUACCGUGGGCCUUUGCCAUGGCUGAAGCGUGUGGCGUGAUCCUCUGCAACAUCUGGCUGCUGGUUCUGCUGCUGCAUAAACACAGGUCCAUUCUUCUGCGGCGCUUGUGCAGCCUGAUGGGCACGGUGUUCAUGCUGCGCUGUAUUACGAUGUUUGUCACCUCUCUCUCGGUGCCAGGACAGCACCUGCAGUGCUCAGGAAAGAUAUACGGCGAUAUGUGGGCCAAACUUCAGCGGGCUGUGGCCAUCUGGAGUGGUUUUGGGAUGACUCUGACUGGAGUGCACACGUGUGGCGACUACAUGUUCAGCGGCCACACCGUGGUCCUCACUAUGCUGAACUUCUUUGUCACAGAGUACACUCCACGAAGCUGGAACUUCAUUCACACCUUGUCCUGGGUCCUGAACCUCUUCGGUAUUUUCUUCAUCCUGGCUGCACAUGAGCACUACUCCAUUGACGUGUUCAUAGCCUUCUACAUCACUACCAGACUCUUCCUGUACUACCACACACUGGCCAACACCCGGGCCUACCAGCAGAGUCGACGAGCCCGCAUCUGGUUCCCCAUGUUUUCCUUCUUUGAGUGCAACGUCAACGGGCCAGUCCCCAACGAGUACUGCUGGCCCUUCUCGAAGCCGACUGUGUUCAGGAGGAUGAUUGGAUAAUGAACAGCAGCCGUCCCGUCACACAAGUCUGACUCAAUGCCCUUUCUGUCUCCUUUUGUGAAGUUGCCAACUGACGAGGCUUGUGACAUCCUCCAACAACAAAGACGUGAUUUGAUCCCUUUUAGCACAGUGGCCUGAUAGGAUGAAUAGAGCCAUACGUCUUCUUUUGGAGCAUGACUUCUUCCCUGCUUUUUUUGUUACACAUUUUAGGUCCAUUCUUAAAAAUGAAAAAAGAAGUUCCUGGGAAGCUCCAUCAUCACCUUAUUGUUGGAUUGGACACAUUUGAGACCCGUCACACUUAAAGGGACAUUUUACUUCUAGAAGUGGGAUUUUGUGAACUACUUGUAUGUAAUUUACUGUCUUACCUGCAGUAGAUCGCAGUCACAGCACUCUUAGAACGACAUAGAAGUGAGUUUUAAGAUCUAAAACCAAGUCAAGUCAACACUAUGUUGGACAUAUUUAUGCCGCCUCAUCAGACACUACUUGUUCAGUUUUCACUGUUUUUCGACAACUAUGAGAGAGUAAAAAUGAGUGAUCAUGAAAGGUACGAUAAUUAUAUGCUUUUGGAUGGACGUAAAAAAUCCCAAAUGCUUUGCUUAUUUUUUUUUUUAAACAUGAUAAGCUUUCCAACUCCUGAAGGAAUCAGCUCGUAGGUCACAAAAUAUGUUGAUGCACUACGGCUGUUCUUUAGUUCAGCAGCUAUGAAAUUAUGAUUUAUUUAUUUUAAACGGUGGCAGUUGUCUACUCUAUGGCCUUCGUGUUGAAUAACUGACAGGGGAUGUGUCCAUCAUAAAUCCUCCCUGAUUUUCUAUCUGAAAAUGCUGUGAGCUCUGUGUUACUGCAGGUAAGACACUAGCCUAACGCAACCUCACUUAAAAUAAGUAUUGUUUUAAAAGUUUCUUAUUUCUAUCAAUUAAGGGAUAUAGCUUAAAAAGCAUUUUCUUUUAGUGGAUUCUAAGUAAAAUAGUACAUUUUAGAGAGUAUUUGGACAGCACAUGAUGCAAAACAAUCAUUGCCUGUCUGAAGUUAUUUACUAUUUUAGUAAAAAAAAACUGGUCAUUUGGAGUUUGAUUAAUAAAAAGGUUUUCUUUCCACCCUCUUUUAAAUAGAUCAAAACGCCACUUCCUGGAAUAUUAAAGCAAUACAAAUAGGUUUCCAUUACGCUGUACAGUAAAUACCAGUUUUUGUGAUAUUAAGAAAUCAGUGUCUAAAACAUCUUCUUUUCUUGAAAUCAUAUUUGUAUUUUGACAAUAUUUCAGACUGAAAUUUAUGGCUCAAUAAUGGUUAAGCAAUGCUUUUCUUUUUUCUUUUUAAAGAUGUGCUCAAGAAAAUAUGUUUUAUCAGCCAAAUACUUUAGAGGAAGAGUUUCUCUUUCUUAGAAUUACAUUUGCCAAUUACCUUAGGUGUUAAAAUAAUAGAUCUCGCUCUGUAGAUAUGUUUCAGAUCUUUUUAUGUUCACUGUUGGGAUAUGUAUAAUUUUUUAAGUAAAAGCGUUCAUUGUGCAUUGUAAAUUUCCAAAUUGUAGAUUUGACAUUAAUCCUAUGACAUUAAUCUGUACGAAACAGACCCUUAAGUUUGUAAGUAUUUGUUUAUAUUAAUUUAUUUCAUUUUAUAAAUGUUAUUUUUAUAUUCCCCUAUAAAGAGUCAUAGCAACAUGCACAUUAAGACAUUUGUUUACAGUUGCUUUGAUCUUUAUUUGUAAUACAACAUGCUAUUGAAUAGUAAUGUUGAUUUCACAAUGUGCUCUAAUUUUCUUGAGUGAUACUUGCCAUUGUAUAGAGACCAUUAGUUUGGUCAUUGCAGCAUGUUAGAAUGGAGUUAAAAAUUUAACAUAUUCUUUCAUCAAGAAAGAAUUUUUUUGUUAAAAUCUAACUUGUUUCUUGUCAGUCAUUUCCAUCAUUAAAGAGCUUAAAAAACAACUACAACAUUUUUUUGUGCCCCACUUGGUGCUAAACCAUGAUAUGAAUGUGCAAUAAAGAAAAACAAUGUAUGAAAUU